UUGGGAGGGAGCUUUUCUUAUUCAAAACAGCCCCACAAAAGACUUCCAGUGAGCCUUGCCACAUCCCCAUCUGACUUGGGGCCAUUCAUCAGCCUUCCAAGCCUAUCAAUGACAUGUCCCCAUCAGGGCUCCUAUAAAAUCAGCCCCUUUCCCAUGAAACAUCAGCAAACAUUUUGACGGGUCUGGCUUUCCCCCCGCUGGAUUUCUGGAGUCUCUACCCCCCCGCCCCACACCCUCACCCCCUUCCUUUCCACCCUCAUUCCCACCUCCCCUCCUCUCCUCCGCCAACACCACCCCUCUCUUGGGCGAACCUCAGAUCCUCAACAUCUCCUGUGACGGGCAGCGGUCACGGAAACACAGAGCUAGACGAGGGGAGAGCCACUGAGGAGGGAGAAACGUGCGCUAAGCCAUUUUCUUGGAGGAGUCAGUGUCGUUGAUGGGAAGAGGAUGCAUUGCGGGCUGCUGGAGGAGCCUGACAUGGAUUCCACAGAGAGCUGGAUUGAAAGAUGCCUUAAUGAGAGUGAGAGUAAGCGAUACUCCAGCCACACGUCUCUGGGGAACAUGUCCAAUGAUGAACAUGAAGAAAAGGAAAAUAACAGAGCCUCGAAACCACAUUCGACACCGGCCACGCUGGAAUGGCUAGAAGAAAACUACGAGAUAGCCGAAGGUGUGUGCAUCCCCCGAAGUGCCCUCUAUAUGCAUUACCUAGACUUCAGCGAAAAGCACGACACGCAGCCUGUGAACGCAGCCAGCUUUGGAAAGAUCAUAAGGCAGCAGUUUCCAGCACUGACUACCAGACGACUGGGAACAAGAGGGCAGUCAAAGUAUCACUACUAUGGAAUAGCAGUGAAGGAGACCUCCCAGUAUUAUGAUGUGAUGUACUCCAAAAAGGGAGCGGCGUGGGUGAACGAGACGGGGAAGAAAGAGGCCACGAAGCAGACAGUGGCGUAUUCACCGCGCUCCAAACUGGGGACGCUCCUGCCAGAGUUUCCAAAUGUCAAAGACCUAAAUUUGCCUGCCAGCCUGCCAGAAGAAAGGGUGUCAACCUUCAUCAUGAUGUACAGAACACACUGUCAGAGGAUACUGGACACCGUUAUUCGGGCCAACUUUGAUGAGGUCCAGAGCUUCCUGCUGCACUUCUGGCAGGGCAUGCCGCCCCACAUGCUUCCUGUCCUCGGCUCCCCCACGGUGGUGAACAUCGUCGGUGUCUGUGACUCCAUCCUCUACAAGGCCAUCUCAGGGGUGCUGAUGCCCACCGUCCUGCAAGCACUGCCUGAUAGUUUAACUCAGGUCAUUCGAAAAUUUGCCAAACAGCUUGAUGAGUGGCUUAAAAUAGCACUUCAUGACCUUCCAGAAAACCUGAGGAAUAUCAAAUUUGAACUAUCGAGGAGAUUUUCUCAGAUCCUAAAGCGGCAAACAUCACUAAACCAUCUAUGUCAGGCAUCGCGGACUGUGAUAAACAGCGCCGACAUCACCUUUCAAAUGCUAGAGGACUGGAGGAACGUGGACUUGAACAGCAUCACCAAGCAGACACUUUACACCAUGGAGGACUCGCAGGAGGAGCACAGGCAGCUUAUUAUCCACUUGUAUCAGGAGUUUGAUCGUCUGCUGGAGGAGCAGUCGCCGAUCGAGGCUUACAUCGAGUGGCUGGACUCGAUGGUGGAUCGCUGCGUCGUCAAGGUGGCGGGGAAGAGGCCCGGGAGCCUGAAGAAGGUGGCCCAGCAGUUCCUGCUUAUGUGGUCGUGUUUUGGUACCAGAGUCAUCCGGGAUAUGACCCUGCACAGCGCGCCCAGCUUCGGCUCCUUCCACCUGAUCCACCUCAUGUUUGACGACUAUGUGCUUUACCUGCUGGAGUCCCUGCACUGCCAGGAGAGAGCCAACGACCUCAUGAGGGCCAUGAAAGGCGAGGGCAGCACAGCAGAGAGAGAGGAGGAAUUUACGCUGACAGAAACCGCCCCCGCCUCGCCGUCUCCGGGAUCCUACUCUCCCGCUCGGUCAGUCCACUCUGUGGGCGUCUCCUCGGCCAGCUCCCCCACAGCAGCCGUGUCCCCGGAGUACACCGGAGUACCUGCCACGACAGGCGCUGUUCAGUCAUAUACCUGGUCCCUUACAUACACAGUGACAACAGCAGGUGGAGCCGCUCCAGAGGCCGGGCAGCAGCUGUCCUGUAUGAGGAGCAGCGCUCCCGUACCCCCUCCAUCUUCUGCCCACAGGAUGCCAGUCUACAGGGAGGAGCAUGGGUACACUGGUAGCUACAACUAUGGCAGUUACGCCAACCAGCAUCCUCACUCCAUCCAGAGCCAGUACCCGAGUUUGGCCCACGAGCCGACGAUCCCAGCCCCGCUGCACUACUCCGCCUACCACCGUACAUCUGCACAGUACCAGCUCAACAGCCAGAUGUCCCGAAUGGAGCCGUGCCUGAUGGGCAGCACUCCUCGGUUGCACCCCACGCCUGUUGCCCCCCGGUGGCCAGAUGUGUCACCAGGUAACAGCUGUUACACCAGUCCGCCUAUGCAUUCGUCCCGCUAUGCCACCUCUGGGGAUAUGUACUCACCUCUGGGCCCACGCAGGAACUCAGAGUACGAACACUCGCAACAUUUCCCCGGCUUUGCCUACAUCAACGGGGAGGCCACCACCGGCUGGGCCAAAUAGCCUUAAAUCUGAGAGCUGUGAACACUUUCCAAUCAAGCGCAUGAAAAUAAAAAAGGGAACGGAGAGUAAAAUGCGCCAGCGUAAGGUAAAACGAAUCACGGCGUGGAUGUUCUGACAAUUUUAAAACACGCAUUACAUCAAUCACAUCCAAUGAUUGGCUGCAACUUGUGGGGAGGUUUAUUAAAGCUUCUUCAGCAGUCGACAGAAGAAAAACAAAAUAAGAUUGCAGCAAAAUCAUUAUGAGAGUGCAAUGCUGCUGCCAAGCUGUGCCUUCGAUUUAAGGAAUGUACACCUCUGCCAGAGUUCCCCUCAUCCACGAGGUCGGGCGCACACGCGGUCCCACCAACCCGCCCGCCCCUCCGUCAGUGAUGUCCAGCGACUGACGGCUCUGCGUGCUCUAAGCUGUACAAUCUCAGUCUCCUCUUGUUGCUCAGCAGUAUCCUGUCGUGAGCCCUCUGCAGCAGAUGCUUGCACUGCAGCUCGAUGAUGAUGAUGAUGAUGGACUGCACUGCCUUAACAUUCUCCUGGGAUACUUAACAUCACAGGUGACCGAUACAAACUCAAGAAAGACCUUGAUGGGUGUGUUAAGGUUUCUUCAUCUUGGAUACUUUUUUAAAAAAAUGAUGAACAAUGUGACUUAGAAAGAAAAAAAGUGUAUUCUGUCGCAAGCCUUUUUGCUGUUUUUCUGUGACUAUAUAUCUAUACACACACACACACAAACACACACAUAUAUAUAAAUAUAUAUAUAGUAUGUAUUUUCUGUAACUUUGUAACAUGGUGUAUCCUUUAUUUUCUAUGUUACAAUUGGUACUUUGUUCUCUGUUUUGUAUCGCUAGUAAAGACGCAUUAACCUAGGGUUGUGUGUUCUAUAUAAUGCACUCAAAGCUACUGAGGACCUAUUACCCUAUGGGUAUUUAUAAAAAGGGAAAAAUAUCAAAGUGUACAGUAACAUGAAGUCUAGUCACUUUUCUGUAAAUAAAAGCACUGGAAACCAUCCGUGGUGACUGUUAGACUAUCACAGUUAAAA